CCCUAAACUACCCCACCAAAAAUGAGGAUAAUGCAUUGGAAUUGUCAGGGGCUUAAGAGAAAUCCUCUGACAAUUUCAUAUCUAAAAGAUAUCAGGAAGUUGCAUAAACCUGAUAUCUUAUUCCUCAUAGAGACAAAGAAUGGUUAUAAAUAUGUAGAUAAUAUAAGGCAGGAUCUGGGCUUUCCUUAUAGUUUUAUUCUCCCUUCUGAUGGUCUUAGCGGAGGUAUGGCUAUUUUUUGGAAUGAUACAGUACAAGUAGACUUUCUGGAUCAACCAACUUUGAACUAUACAGAUAUGUAUAUAUCGGAACCUGGCUCCCCAAUUUUUUGCCUUACUUAUGUCUAUGGGGACCCUGAUCAGAAACAACGUAACAAUAUGUGGGAUAAGAUGGCGUUGUGGGCUUCUAUGGGAAUGUACAGGAGUAAACCAAGGUUAGUGUUGGGAGACUUCAAUGAUAUCAAGAGUAAUGAAGAAAAGUUAGGAGGACCUCAAAGAUCUGAAACAUCAUUCAAAAAGUUUAGACGAAUGCUAUACAUUUCUGGUCUGCAUGAGCUAAAAACAACAGGAGGAAAGUACACUUGGCUUGGGCAUAGAUAUUCUUAUGAAAUCCAGUCUUGUAUAGAUAGAGCAGUGGCUUCAACAGAGUGGCAAGAUGUUUUUCCAAAAGCUUAUGUUCAGUUAUUGGACUGGAUAGGAUCUGAUCAUAGACCACUUUUGGUUCACACUGGUAAUGAAAGGAAGAAAGGAUUUCCUCUAUUUAGAUAUGACAACAGAUGGAGAUUUAAUAAGGAGAUAAAACAAAAGCUAAUGACGACAUGGAACUCCGAGUGUCAUUAUCUUCCAGCAGACCAGUUUCAUGAAGCUCUAAGAAGAUGCAGAUCGUGUCUUUCAAAAUGGAAAACGCAAAACAUCAACAAUUCAGCAAAGAAAAUACAGGAUUUGAAGACUCGGAUUCAACAAGCGUAUAAUUCUCACCCCUUGGAUUUUAAUAAGAUUACUACUUUGAAAUCUGCUUUAACAAAUGAAUACAGGAUGGAGGAGGAAUACUGGAGAACAAAAAGCAGAGUUCAAUGGCUUCAAGCUGGGGAUAAAAACACAAAGUUUUUCCACGCAAAAACAAAGCAGAGAAGAAACUACAACACAAUCAAUGCAAUCACAGAUGCAAAUGGAGUGAUCUGCACUACUGAAAAGAGGAGGAACUAUACCAAGCUGUUCACCAGAUGGCAAGAGAAAAAGCUCCAGGACCUGAUGGUUUUAACCCAGGAUUCUACCAAGAUCAUUAGUCCACAAUUCAUACAGGUGUGUUUAACUUUGCUAAGUCAUUUUUCGAAGAGUGCAACCUUGACCCAAAAAUAAAUCGAACACACAUCUGU